UUCGUACCUUGCGUUAUUUGCAGAUUACAUUAUUGCCCCGCUUGUUUUCAUGUGUUGUUGUUGUUGCUGUUGUUUGUUGGUUUUGAAACUUUGAAACGAAUUAAAUCUCAAGUGUGCUCUGCUAUUCAUUUGGAUUCUGUUGGGUCCAUCAUUAAUAAAACAGCAUAGGACACCAGGCUGUACUUCAUUUUUCUCCAUGUCUCAAACCAAGAAACGCAGAGUAUAUAAAUGUGAGGGCAGUGUGUAUAAAUGUGAGCAUUGCUCUCUGACUUUCACUGUCAAAUCAAACCUUAAUCGUCAUCAAGCACAAUGCUACCAAAAUCCCAUGAGAGCUGCUGGCAGCAGGGAUUUUCCAUGCUAUGACUGUGGCGCUGUGUUUUCUAGAGCAGACAAUUUGAGAUCACACAAAGUUCAAAGAAAAUGUAGCAAGGAGUUUGAGAGCUCUGCACCUGAUUUAAUUGAAGAGAGUCUAGAAAUGAUGUCUUCUGUGCAGCACAAGUCUCCUCCACAUGUAAGCAUUGCUGAAACAAUCAAGAAAUCAAGACCAUGCUUUAUAGAUGGAUGUACCUCAAAACUUUUGCCUAGAGCAAGUCUUUCUAGCCAUCUUAAAAGUUGUCAUCCUGAUCUUAAAAUUAAUGAUCCUGUUUACUUUGAGUUUCCUAGCAUGACUGAGUUCAUGCAGUGGAAAAGGGAAGAGGAGGAGAGAAUGUCUUGCUCUUUCUAUUCAAAGAAAGGGCAAGGAACAUCUGUCCAAAUUUAUCACUGCCAGUUUAGUAGUGACAUAGGUGAAGCACAUCCCGCUAACAAGUCUUCUCAAAAAUCUUUUCAACCAAGCAUCCAAUCUACUAAAGCUUGUAUAGCUAAAGUUAAGGUUUCUAUUUUGUUGGAUAAAAUCUUGGUUCAGUACCAUCCUACUCAUAUCCAUAUAAAAAAUUCUGUAAACAUCACCAAACCCCAAUCUUUCUCAGACGAAGACAUUUUAGUUCCAUCGACUCAUGAACAAGAUGUAGGCUCCAGGGAAGAUCUGUCUGCACCCUCUCAACCAAUUCUUGAGAGACAUGCUAAAGGAAUGCUACUUCCUGACGAUUGUGCUGAAGAAAUUCUAGAAAAUACCUGGUGCUUUCAGUCUGAAACCUGUCAGUCUACAAAGUAUCUUGUUGUAAGAUGUGAGAAGGAUUGUAAAUCGGAUCAUUGCUAUUCAAAAUGUCAAUCAGAGGCAUGCCAAGGACUUUGCGCUCAUAUGUAUUCAUGUAGCUGUAAUGAUAGUCACCCUCUGUGCAAACACUUACAUAAAUUACAUUCUUUGUUGGUCAAAUAUCAAAUUUAUCCUGAAGAUGAGCUGGAAAGAAAUCAGUCCGGUAUGUCUGCUGAUGAUUAUGGAGCAGAAAAUAUUAUGUCUGAAACCAGUCUAUUAAAUGUUGUUAAUAAUUUUGAUUGUACCAGAUUAGAACAUAACACCGAACUACUCAUUAAUUUUCUUAAUUUAGCUAAAGCUGGUCAAGUUUCAGAUGACAUUCUUUAUGAUGUCGAUACGUCCCUGAAUGUCAUUGCUCUCAAACUCAAAGAUCUCUUUGAGAUAAAAGAUCAAUAUUGAUAGCUGAACCUUGCAUUCUGAGGGGUUUUAUCAGUUUUGUCCAUCGUACUAUUUGCCUCAUUUUUUGAUAUUUAUCAGUGUUUCAUGGACACUUGUUGAUUUUAUCAUUGAAGUACCAGAUCAGACAUACAUAGUUUAUCUAUCUACUCAUAUAUGUGAUGCAACAUUAUUUUAAUACUUGGCAAUUGAACUUGAUGAAUGUUGAAAUAAAAUUAUGAGACUAUACAA